AUGUUUCUUUCGAUCACGUUAUUGGCCCUGUGUUGUUCCUUGGUAAACACGAUAUUCUUUCCAAUUUACCCAAAACUUAAAUUAGGCCCAAAACCUUCGAAAGACGCCGGCGAUCCACUAUUUCUAACACCUUACAUUGAACGAGGAUUAGUAAAUCUAGCCCAGAACCUGUCUCGAGUGUAUCUGCCGCACACGCCUGAAGUCGCGAGCCAUGCUGGCUUCCUGACGAUCAACAAGCAGUUCAGCUCCAAUCUGUAUUUUUGGUAUUUUUUACCAUUUUCUAAGAACCAUUCAGCGCCGGUCAUUUUGUGGCUGCAAGGCGGACCUGGAUGUAGUUCUCUCUACGGACUUUUCGCAGAAAUAGGACCCCUUUGCGCAAGGAAUCACAGAUUGGUUUUGAGAAAAUAUCACUGGACUCUGCGGUACCACGUGAUUUUCAUUGAUAGCCCUGUUGGCACCGGCUUCAGCUUUUCAAAAAAUUCUAACGGUUAUUGCGUCAACCAAGAAUGUAUUGCAAAAGGACUAUAUCGAGCAUUGUGGCAGUUUUUUCAGCUUUUCCCAUUACUGUUGAGAAAUGACUUCUACAUAGCUGGCGAAUCGUAUGCUGGGAAGUACAUACCGUCUCUAGGCAUGGAAAUCCACAAACAGAAUGCCAGAAGAAGAUUAAAAAUGAAUUUAAAAGGCAUGGCGCUUGGCAAUGCUUACUGCGAUCCGUUAAACCAAUUGGAUUACGGUAAUUACUUGUACCAGCAUGGUAUGUUGGACGGCAAUGAGUUGGGCGUAUUUAUAAAAAUUCAAAUGGACAUUUACGUGUCAAUAAGAAACAAGAAUUGGUUGCAAGCGAACAUACUAAUGGACAGGUUGAUGGACGGACAGGUCACACACUUUUCGCUGUUUAAGUUCUACACGGGGUACGAUUCGUAUUACAAUUAUUUGCAUUCGACGUUGAAGAAUGACGCGACGUCGUUUAUAACUAUAGUCCACAGGAAUGACGUGAGACGCAGCAUGCACGUGGGGGGGCUGCCGUUUAACGACGGGGAGACAGUGCAGUUGCUGCUGGCUCUGGACAUGAUGCAGUCCGUGGCUCCCUGUGUAGCGGAGCUCUUGUCUCACUACCGAAUGCUAUUCUACAACGGCCAACUAGACAUCGUUGUGGCGUACCCUCUCACGGAAAACUUCUUAAACAAUCUUAAUUUUGCCGGCGCCGCAGAAUACAAAAGAAGUGGUAAAAUAAUAUGGAAAGUGGGCAAGAAUUUAGCUGGUUACAUAAAAAAUGCCGGGAACCUCACGGAGGCUUUGGUACGGAAUUCCGGACAUAUGGUGCCGCAAGAUCAACCGAAAUGGGCUCUGGAUUUGAUAACGAGAUUCAUAGAGCGUAAUUAUGCAUGAUUUUAUAGAGGCAAUGAAAUGUCUGGUCGCUAGAACGUAUAAUUUUCGAAUAUUGUCUAAGAUUCUUGAAUUAGAUUAGCCUAGUAUUAUUAAUGUAAAUGAUACGAACAAAUCUCACUUAUUUAGACACUCCUGUUAAUUUUAAUUUUGUCAAAUUAAGUCUAUAUUUAUGUUAUUAAUUUGUAAAUGCCUUAUAAUUUUGAGAUACUCUGACGAUUACAUGAUUAUCAAGUUUCCCUUGUGCAAUAUUCUGUAUACGUAACUAUGUUGUUUUUUAUAUGACGGAAAUAAAAGUACAUUUUUCUAUAA